AACUGCGUGGUGACGUCCUUCCUUCCUCCUUUCCUCUGCUACCGGCGAGAAUGAAGACCAUUCUCAGCAGUCAGACUGUCGACCUCCCCGACGAUGUCGAGGUGAGGUUGAAGGGGCGAACAGUGAUCGUCAAGGGGCCCCGUGGUAAGCUCACCAGGGAGUUCAACCACAUCAACCUGGAGCUCAGCCUGCUGGGCAAGAAACAGAAGAAGCUUCGUGUGGAUAAAUGGUGGGGAAACAGGAAGGAGCUGGCCACAGUCCGCACCAUCUGCAGCCACGUCCAGAACAUGAUCAAGGGAGUCACUCUGGGUUUCCGGUACAAAAUGCGUUCCGUGUACGCCCAUUUCCCCAUCAACGUCGUCAUUCAGGAGAGUGGAACUCUGGUGGAAAUCAGGAACUUUCUGGGAGAGAAGUACAUCCGCCGUGUCCGCAUGAGGGCUGGUGUGAUGUGUUCAGUCUCAGCUGCCCAGAAGGACGAGCUGGUCCUGGAGGGUAAUGACAUUGAGCUGGUGUCUAACUCAGCUGCUCUGAUCCAGCAGGCCACCACAGUAAAAAAUAAGGAUAUCAGAAAGUUCUUGGACGGCAUUUACGUGUCCGAGAAGGGAACAGUAGUGGAACAGGAUCAGUAACAGUUACAUCUGCACUCGUAGAGCGGCCUUGAUCCAACAGGCCACCACAGUCAGAAAGAAGGACAUCAGAAAGUUCCUGGAUGGCAUCUACGUCAGCGAGAAGACCACUGUGGUGGAGCAAGAAGUAGAGUAAAUGUUCACACUGUCCUGUUAUGACCAAUAAAACUACCACCUUUUCCAAUUA